UCAAGUAGGGGAUGCCAUCAAAGCAUCAACUUCAAAUUGUAUCUGAGAGAUCAGCCUGGAGACCUCGGGCCAGGCGCGUCAGUCGGAGCGCAAUUGUUGAUCAGAUCACAUCCAGCGGACUUUGCGCGAGAAAAAGAGAGGAAAGCCGAGAUUUAACAGAGCGGGUGGUUUGACUGCACACCACUGUGGUAGCUGUGACUUCUUCUAAAAACACGUUCCCGUCGCUCCUCCGGGUUCUUUUUUUUUUUUUUUCCAUUAUUUUUUCUCUCGCACACUUUUCUACGCGCAGUUUUGUCGGACGGCACAACCCGCGCGACAGUCCGGAGGUGGAGAUGUCUUUCCCGCAGCUCGGCUACCCGCAGUACUUGAGUGCCUCCCAGGCGGUGUACGGGAGCGAGAGGCCGGGAGUGCUUACGCCUUCGUCCCGGGGAGGGAGCACUGAAAUCGGGGGAAGCCCGUCCGCCACCGCGGCGGCGGUCACCUCGGUGUUGGGCAUGUACGCCAACCCGUACGCGCACAACUACAGCGCUUUCUUACCUUACACCAGCGCGGACUUGGCUCUUUUCUCACAAAUGGGAUCGCAGUACGAGCUGAAGGACGGUCCUGGCGUCCAUCCCGCCAGCUUUGCAGCGCACACGUCUCCGGCCUUCUACCCUUACGGCCAGUUCCAGUACGGCGACCCGGCCAGGCCCAAGAACGCCACCCGGGAGAGCACCAGCACCCUGAAAGCCUGGCUCAAUGAGCACCGGAAGAACCCGUACCCGACCAAGGGCGAGAAGAUCAUGCUGGCCAUCAUCACCAAAAUGACGCUGACGCAGGUCUCCACGUGGUUCGCCAACGCCAGGAGGAGGCUCAAGAAGGAGAACAAGGUGACCUGGGGAAGCAGGAGCAAAGAGGACGGGGAGGACGGCAACUUGUUCGGCAGCGGAGACGAGGGGGAAAAAAACGAAGACGAGGAGGAGAUUGAUUUGGAGAGCAUAGAUAUAGAUAAGAUCGACGACAACGACGGGGAUCAGAGCAACGAGGACGACGACGAUAGGUCGACGGAGGGGAGCAGGGACCACCGGGGCAGUGUCGGUGCGGGUGGAGAGUUGGACACCUUGGAGAAAAGACGGGCCUUCGCCCUGCAGGCCCACGAGGCCUUUGACAAAUCUAAGAGCGCAAUUCUAGUUCACCCAGGGAGUAAGGAGAACUCGGACGGCAACAACAACAACAACACCACAAGAAUAUUGUCCCCGGAUAGAGCCGGGAGCUUUCCUCUCCCGUCAAACAAUAAGCCUAAAAUAUGGUCUUUAGCAGAGACCGCGACCAGUCCAGAUAGCUCUUCCCAGAAACCCACGUCCCCUUGCGGCCCAGGGGCCACCACGCACUCGCCGGCGGCCCACCAUCAGAUCCAGACCCACCCAGCCUUCCUCCCCAGUCAUGGACUGUACACUUGCCAGAUUGGAAAGUUCCACAACUGGACAAACGGGGCUUUCCUGGGUCAGAACUCCCUCUUAAACGUGAGGUCGUUUCUGGGAGUAAACCAGCACCACCACCACCACCAGCACCACUUGCAGGCCCAGCAGCAGCAGCAGCAGCCGACAUCAGUGGUGGUGUCGCCAUUAGCAGCCGCGGCAGCACUCAGCAGUGACAGCAAGGCCCGACCAGAAGCCCACAGUCCCAAGCACAUAGAACACGAAAACGGUGGCAGGUCCGAUUCACCUCCAACGCAGAUUCUGAAGUCUUCUUUUCGGCCCAUCCAUGACCGAUCCUCUCUGCCCUCCAGCGCCAGGAGUCCACAAGACGCCACGCAACGAGUCCUCACUGCGCUCUCCUCGGCUUGAUCAAGACGUUUUUUUUUCCGUGCGUGAAAAAAAAGAAAGAAAGAAAGAAGAGAUGAAUAGAAAACAGACUGUAAAAGACUUUACACUCCCUAAAAAGGACACUGAGAAAUAAUAAUGCAGCGUAGCAUUGAGUCGGUACAGAACAAAUGGCGUAAUUUGGUAAUAUCCUGUGGAUGGAUGGAUUACUUCCUCUAUUGUUGUGUAGCCUAUAAUCGCGCCUAUAAUGUUACUCUCGCUCCAGUCUGCCGUGGCAGGCUGGCGCAUUUGUAAGGCUUUUUACUUUAUAAUUAUAAUUAUUAUUAUUUUCGUCUCUAUCUUGUGUUUUUGGUGUCCUUUCUUUAAUGUAAAUACCAAGUGAUUUAAAUUUGUAAAUAGGAAGCGAUGAAGGAAUUUGUCCAGAUCGUAUAUUUUGCCUAAUAAACUAAAUGAAAUUAUAGACAAAA